AUGGACUCGAUUCCUUUUAAUUAUAACGUGGAAGAAGGGAGAACUAUUUUCACGACUGCUGGCGACACUCCUACAACGGCUACAACCGAAAGUUUCGCUACACCCGACAACAGGAAUAUAAACUCCCAGGACAGCGUUUUCUCACCGCUCGCUGCACCGUUCCAAAGUAGGGUAGGCGGCGAAUUCUUGAAUCUAAUGCACGAGCCCCGCACUGCAGAUACAGCACCGUCUGCCGCCGAAAUGGAGGAAGUCUUACUGAACCUUCGUCUUAACAGUUCAGAGUUACUCUUCGAUGACAUGGAACAAAAUGCGUCUAACUUCUUCAUGAACGCUAACAGAACUGACUCCGCGCCGCCAUCCCACAACAUCUGGUCCGAUGGCUCUGGCAUUUCUGGAGUUAGGAACGGCGAGAUGAUGGACACAUUUGACUUCUUGAUUAAAAGCUUGUCAUCUGCCAACAACUACGUGUCGAUGCUGACUCGAGAGCAGUUGUCGGUGCUUCGCUCCAUUCGCCCGAGCUUGCUCUACGAGUUCCUCCAGGAGGUGGCAAAGGUGCGCAGCGACAAGCGGAUGAGACGCGCCUUGCCAAAUGAGUGCGCCUUCUGCAAGAACAACGGCGAAAACGAGGAGUGCUACUCAUCGCACGCCCUGAAAGACUGGCGUGGCAGGGUGCUCUGCCCCGUUCUGCGGGCCUUCCGAUGCCCCCGCUGUGGUGCCACCGGCGACCGUGCGCACACCAUCAAGUACUGCCCGGAAAACUCCGACGGAGGCUUGGAUCGUUCUGGUGGUCUACUAUCGCGGCGCCGCGUGCCUUCGUCUGCUUCGUUGCUGUUGAAUACCCCCGGGCGCGUACCUCAGGGUUGCAACACCGCUCCCGUCACCCCUGCACCCUCCCCUUCGCCCACUACUGGAAACAUCAAUCAUUCAUCCUUAUGGUCAACCUUUAACAUGAAU